UUUUCGUCUUUGGUUCCUGGUACCAGUUACCGUAGAUCGAUAUUGGGUUCCGGUAGUGGGUGUACGAGUGAACGACUCAGGAUAUGAAAACAACUGCUUUGGCCCAAUUCUCAUCUGAAAAUGAGACAAGAUAGUUGAAGUAACUCAAAUAUCGGUCAUGUGCGGUGUAAUUAUACAAUGUAGAUGUAACGAUAUUGAGGAAACUAACAAGGUUUUGUGUGUACAACUAUAAUGUAGUGAAUUGCUUUGAGUGAUAAAGGAAGUUACCGAGUUCCACUCCAGUGAACGCAGUAUUCAUUGAAAUUCAUUUAAUAUAAAAGAAUUAAGCGCAUUAUGUCGAGUCGCUUAGUGAACGUCUUGAGUGCAGAUGGAUUUAGCUACCAACGAGAAAUGAAAUCGAUGGAUGCAAAUCGGUAUGCCACGAAGAAGACAAUUGCACAAGGAAUGCUAGACAUCGCUUUGCUAACAGCAAACGCAUCGCAACUCAAGUACAUCCUGCAAGUGGGCGAGCGACACGAAUUCUACAAACUUAUGUUGAUUUUAAUUUCUUCAUCGAUUGUCCUCCAGGUGGCUACCGCCGCAGUUCUUAUGUUCCUUGGCUUGGUGAAUAUGCACAAAGGACCAGAACAUCGAGUUUUAGCAGAUCGUCUAAAUCACAUUUCUACAGGAUUAAUAUUUCUGGCCAUGUUUUGUGAUGUAAUCAAGAUGAACUUCAGUCUUACGCCGGCCGUUCAUGCUGAUCGGGUAGAUGAUGGGACGGUUAAGAAUGGCUAAAUUGAAAUUUGUUCAAUAUGAAACCGAAUGUUAUUGUUAUUCAAAUUUUUACCGUUCUUCAAGAUAAAGUUAUUCUAAUACAA